UCUAUUUUUCUACAGAGUGCUGACUAAUAAUUUUGUCAGAUGGCUACAGUAGUGACACCGUCUCAUGUGUUCGGACUUCGGGCAGGAGUGAAGAAUAAUUUGUUGUAUCUUGAUGAACAAACCAUCAUAUUUCCGUGUGGAAACAACUGUGUGCGCUAUAACAUCGAUCAGAAAUUCCAGCGAUUUAUUCCAGGCACAGAGAGAAGUCAGGGCAUGCAGGCUUUGGCCAUCAGCACAAACAGGCGCUAUCUGGCUGUGUCUGAAUGUGGAGAGAAAGCCACCAUCACUGUGUUUGAUUUAGAACAAGAGCAGAACAGAAGAAGGAAAGUGUUGACAGGAGGAGAGAUGGUGGUGAAUGAGUUUGUCUGCAUGGCCUUUUCUCCUGACUCAAAGUAUCUGAUUGGUCAGGCAGGUGGGCCAGACUGGACUCUUUUUCUCUGGAUGUGGGAAAAGAAGAAGGUCAUGGCUACUGUAAAUAUUAGCAACAAUGGCCCCAUCAACCAGGUCAGCUUCAACCCUCAGGACAACUCUAAGAUUUGUGUGAGUGGCAAAGGUGUGUUUAAGAUUUUCCACUAUGCUGGAGAAACCCUAAAACAGUCCAACGCAUUUAAAACAGACUCCCACAAUUUCCUGUGUCACACAUGGAUGACCACGGAGCAGGUACUUGCCGGCACAGAGACAGGUCAACUGAUGAUGUUUGAGUCUGGCCGUCUGCGUUGGGAGAUCAAUGUGACAUCUGUGCAGAAAACUGAGAGUGAGUCAAAACAGCAGUAUUCAGGUGAACCCUCCUCUGCGCUGCUGCAGGUUACAGCCAUUGUAAGUUAUUCUAAUGGAUUUGCUUGCUCCAUGGGUCAAGGAACUGUGUGUUUGUUUGAGAAAACCGAGAAGGCAGAUCUCUACAAGAAGACCAGAGUCAUAAAGAUUCCUCCUAAACGUUUUAGUAACGAUCUCAGUUUAACAGAGAAGCAGAAAAUCAGCGCUCUCUGCAUCAGUCCAUCAGAAGAGACCCUGGUUGUCAGCACAGACCUCGGACAGCUCUACAGCAUCCAUCUCUCCCUAGCUGAGUUACAAAAGGGGGAGUGUGCUUAUUUUGAGUACCUGUCUCACUCAUUCCAUAAUAACAUCAUAACCGGUUUAUCGACCUGCAUCCGCAAACCACUCAUUGCCACAAGCUCCCUGGACCGCUCUGUGCGCAUAUGGAACUUUGAGACCAAUGUUUUAGAGCUGUACAAGGAAUUCCAGGAAGAAGCCUACAGUGUUGCUCUUCACCCCACUGGACUAUACAUCCUGGUGGGAUUCUCAGACAAACUCCGUCUCAUGACUCUUCUCAUGGAUGACAUCAAGAUUUUCAUGGAAUUCACCAUACGUAGUUGCCGUGAGUGUACAUUCAGUCAUGGCGGUCACUUGUUCGCUGCUGUCAAUGGAAACGUGAUCAACAUCUAUUCCACUACCACAUUUGAGGACGUCCUAAACCUGAAGGGACACAAUGAAAAAGUGCGGGCCGUAGCGUUCAGUUUGAACGACAGUUGUCUUGUGUCAUGUGGCAUGGACGGGGCAGUGUAUGAGUGGAAUACUCUCAGCGGUACACGAGAGUCAGAAAGCAUCUUGAAAACCUGCAGCUACACAGGGGUGGCCAUCUCCCCUGAUGCAAAGACAUUCUUUGCUGUUGGGACAGACUGCUCUCUGAAAGAAAUCCAAGACUCUCAGAUCCUCAAAGAGAUGUCUUCACAUGAUGUGGUUUGCACCACUGUUGCUCUGUCUCGUUCAGGACGCACAAUCUUCAUUGGAACCUCCACUGGUACUCUGAGGGUCAUCAAAUACCCACUAAUGAUCCAGAAUGACUGGAUUGAGUAUCAGGCUCAUGCUGGCCCUAUAACAAAGAUGGUUAUCACUUUUGAUGACCAGUUUCUCAUAACGGUCUCAGAAGAUGGUUGUCUAUUCAUCUGGAAAAUCAUUGACAAAGAAGGACAAGGGCUGAAAAGAGAGAAAGUAUUGAUAUACUCAGAAGAGAUCCUCACCAACAAAUUAGACUUUGAUGAAAAGAAUAAAAUGCUGCUUGAACUGAAUGCAAAAGUAGAAGAGCUCCAGGAAGACAACAAGUGCCAGCUAAGCUUGAAGGACACUGAUUACAACAAGAAGAUCAAUGAGUUAUCUGAAAAGUGUAUCCAACAGAUUAUUUCACUAAAUGCAGAGAAGGAGGUACUGAAAAAAGAGAAAGACAAUCAACAAGCAGCCCACAUUAAAGCGAUAUCAGACAUCUUAGAGAGACAUGAUAAAGAGCUGCACGACAUGGAGUCAUCCAAUAACCAGAAGCUCAUGUUGGAAUACGAGAAAUAUCAGGAGCUACAAAUGAAACUUCAUAAUAUUCAGCGGGAAUAUGAGCAGCAGCUGCACAGCACGGAGGAGAGUAAAACCCAAGCCUUGGAGGAUAUGAUGCAGUCUUAUGAGGCUAAAAUGGAGGAGAAGGUGAUGUUGGUGAACCAGUGUCAAGAUGAAUCCCAGCAGCAGUUUCGAGAAUUUGAAGAACACAUAAGGCAGGAAGAGGAGGACACAGAUACUGAAAUUCAUGACAUCCGCAUGAAAUAUGAGCAAAAUCUGAGAGAAGAAAAAAAGGCCAACUCAAAGCUCAAAGUGGAAUUGGAUACCACAAAAAAACGGUUCCAUGAUCUUCAGCGGGAAAUUGAAAAUGGGAAUUUGGAGAUAGAGAAGUUGAAGCAGGAAGUUCAAAAGCUGCAGGCAGUGAUCAAAUCACUAGAAAACGACAUCACUGGGCUGAAAACUGCAAUUCAGAACAGGGAUGGGAUCAUUCAGGACAAGGAGAAAAACAUCUUUCAGUUAAAAAAGAAGAAUGACACACUUAACAAAACACUUGAAGUGAUGGAGUUCAGGGCUGAAUAUAUGCAGGAGCAGAUUGAGCCGAAAGAAAAUGAAAUUCAACAGCAAAAGGACCAGAUGGUGGAGAUGGAGGGAGAGUUAAAGGAGUUCCAUAAAACCAACAUACAACUGGAGCUGAAGAUUGCUGAACUGAACUUAAAAUUGAAAACCAAAGACACAGAAGUGCACAAGGAAAUGAAGAAGGUGCAGGAUGCAGGGGUUCUGGUACAGAGAUUCAAAGCUGACCUUUACAAAUGUGUUGAAUACAUCCAAGACCCCCCAAGAUUAAAGGAAAACAUCCAGGAGCUCUACAAAAAAUAUGUACAGCCAUCAGAUGUGGUGGAGAAACCUGGAGAGGACACAGAUGUGCCGAAAGAAAACAGCCGACACAGGGAGCACUAUGAGAAUGUCAUCAUUACACUGAAGAAACAGCUCAGCAGAGACACAAACAUUUUUCAGGCCAAAAACACCAAGCUCAUGAAGGACAAUGUUAUGCUCAUGAAAGAGAUAAAUGAUCUGCGUCAAGAGCUCCACACAGUCCGAAUGCAGCUGCGCAGCUUUGAGAGUCAAAGCAGCUUGAACAAAAACAUCAAGCGCUCUGCUAACACAAGAGGUACACGUUCAGCAGGCAGGACCAGCUUGAUGAUGCAGCAGAAUUUUGAAGAAACAGAGAAGGUCAUCCAGCUUCAGCGAAUGGAAAUCCAGAGACUCAAGCAAGAGAUUCUCUGCCAGACACCCUCCUCUAGAACUAAACUGCCACCACUUUAAACAAUACUUUUUUUAACAUUGCUAAAUAAAGUAUUGUUAUUUUAUGCAUCAGUUAUGAGGAACAACAAUACUCUUUGUCCAGAUCUAAAUAAAUGUUCUAUAUAUAUAUAUUCUGAAUGAGACUUGCCUCUAGAAUUUGAACGAUUGAAUUGAAGUGAACCGAUUGAAUUGCCAAAAUGGAUAAUGAUUUGAAUGCAGGUUGUUAACUAUUACUGUUCACCAGAAUAACCAUCAGCACUCUCUGAUGCAGAAUGUUUUCAGAUGCAUGAUGAUGAGGAGAUUGAGGAGUUUAUCUGAUUAGAUUAAACCACUUACAAAGGCAGGGCAGAAACUUAAUUAU